AAAGAUGCUGCGUCUACUCUUGAUGCUGUGCGCAUGCGUGGUUGCGUCGACGCUGACCACGCCGCCGUGCGUGGUUGACGAUUCACUGGACGUGGACGCUGACCUGGCGCGGAUCCGCCGGGCCGACCUCGUCUUCACGGCAAAAGUGCUCGGGUUUGACGACAGUGGUGACGCAGCGCAGCUGCGCGUGAAGAGUGUCUACAAGGCGGACGCCGACGUCGCCAAGCGUUUGGGGCUGCGCACCCUAGCCACCAUGCAGGUUUCGGGCUUCCUUUGGCGGCCACCUGGGCCCAAGAAGGCCGGCCACGCGCAGAAGGCGCCGCUGCACAAGGGCGAAAACGUCGCCAGGAGGCACGUUCGGCCCCGCCGGGGCAACGGCCAGCCCAAGGAGUGCGCCCUGGUGCGGCCCGGGGACACCAAGCUGUUCGUCGUGGGAUUCGAGGCGAGCGCCGUUAAGCUCUUCCUCGUCGCACGGCCCCUCGCCGUCACCUUAGAAACCCUGAGGACCACCCAGAACGCCCUCCAACUCAAAGAUUUGAAUUACAAGCCGCGUUCUUAUCUACAUCGAGGUGAAAUGUGCGGAGGUGUUUACUGCUCGUUCGGAUCAAAGUGCGUGAAGGACAAGGACGGCGAAAUGAACUGCCAGUGUCCAGAGCAGUGCGCCGCCGUCGGACUGGACAGGCCUGUUUGCGGGUCGGACGGACGCUCCUACGUCAGCGAGUGCGUGCUCAAGAUGACCGCCUGCAGACGGCAGGAACAAAUCAAAGUUGUCCACCAGAGAGAGUGCGAGCUGCCUGAUCCUUGUCAUCGAAAAGUAUGUCCUAUUGGUGCAAAGUGCAUAGCCUCAGCCGAUGGUCGCUCUGCACAUUGCGAGUGCCCGGCUGAGUGCACUGAAUCUCCAGGCGAAAUGUCGGGCUUCAGGGCCGUUUGUGGGUCAGAUGGCGCGGACUACGCAAACCUGUGUGAGCUGAGAAGAAAUGCUUGCAAUCGGGAUUUGGAUAUCAGCGUCAAGUAUUACGGAAAAUGCGAUCCGUGCUCCAAUAUUAUCUGUCCUGCGCCGGAAGAAUGCCAGUUAGACGAAGAUCGGAACCCUGAGUGCCGGUGCGGAGAGAUAUGUCCACUAGAGUUGUCUCCAAUUUGUGCUUCAGAUGGCAAAACCUACAUAAAUGAAUGCUCUCUGCGACAGGAAGCGUGCAGAACUCAAAAAGAUCUGCGCAUCAUUUACCGAGGCGAGUGCUCUAGCGGGGUGAACCCUUGCCAGGGUGUCCGGUGCGGUCCUGGCCAAGCGUGCUCGGUGAACAAGCAAGGAAUCGCAGAGUGCACCUGUCCAAGCGAUUGUGCGCCUGUUUUCAGGCCCGUCUGCGGCGAGGACGGCCAGACGUACGAGUCUGAGUGCCAUUUGCUGAGAGAAACUUGUCUCAAAGGCAAAAAAUUGGCGAUUGCCCACAAAGGGCUGUGCGGAACUGGUGGUCCUUGCUCUAAGCACGUGUGUCCCUUCGGCGGACACUGUGUGGAGAAGGCCGAUGGACAGGCCCACUGCGAGUGUCCAACGUGUUCAGCUGAGUUUUCGCCUGUCUGCGGAUCUGAUGGUCUCUCGUACGACAACGAGUGCAAAUUACGCCAGGAGAGUUGCUUGAGGCAGCGGCACACUGCAAUUCUUUAUGAGGGACUUUGUGAUGGUUGCAAAUCAAAGAAGUGCGAUUUUUACUCAAUGUGUGAAAGCGACCAGAACGGAGAUGCCAAGUGCGUUUGUCCUCAGCAGAGUUGCAUGUCAAAUAUAACCACCCCUAUCUGCGGAAGUGAUGGGAUAACAUACUUCUCAGAGUGCGAGCUGCGAAUUUAUGCGUGCAAAAUGCAGAAAAUGGUAACAAUUGCGCACCCUGGCGUUUGUGAUGCGUGCAACAACAAGAAGUGCCGAUUUGGCUCCGUAUGCAGAGACGGGGCGUGUGUUUGCCCUGAAGAGUGCCAGUCGAGCAGCCCUGAGCCUGUGUGUGCCUCAGAUGGUCUCACUUACGGCAGCGAGUGCGAAAUGAUCAGAGCUGGAUGUGCUGGGUCACAAGAACUUCAAAUUGACUUCUUUGGAGAAUGCGAAGAGAAAACUAUAGGAUUGUAUGGAAGUGCAUGCAAUGGUGCCCCUCCAUUGCUAGAUCCGGUAUCAGGUGUGGAAAUAAACUGUGGAGACGGCCCUGACAGACGGGACUGUCCCUUAGGAAGCUACUGCCAUCACACUUCAAAAUAUGCCAAAUGCUGCAGGAAAAGUAUUAUAAAAUUCAGGAAAAAUUGCAAUGAGUCGUGGUUUGGCUGCUGUCCUGAUGGAGAAACUAUGGCACAAGGCCCAGACAAUGCUGGAUGUCCAACUAUGUGUGAUUGUAACAAAUUAGGCUCCUAUUCACAAAAAUGCGACGAAAAAACAGGUAACUGCGACUGCCGACCUGGUGUCAUGGGCGACAAGUGUGAUCGUUGCGAGCCUGGAUUUUGGGGCUUGCACAAACUCUCUGAAGGAUACAUGGGCUGCAUUUCAUGCCAAUGCUCGGCGUUGGGGUCAGUAAGACAAGAUUGUGAGCAAAUGACGGGAAACUGCGUCUGCAAGCCAGGUGUUUCAGGCCAAAAGUGCACUGAAUGCGGACCUGGACUGAUUUUGGGCUCUAAAGGAUGCGUUAAAUUGAGAAAAAGGAAAAGGAAGCCUUUGAAAUGCAAGCAGAUGGUUUGCCGCCAUGGGGCAGUGUGCGAAAGGAAAGGCACUGAACCUGAGUGUGUUUGCAAGAUUACAUGUUCAGAGAAAACGCCGACAAGCUCACAGACUGUCUGUGGUUCUGAUGGAAGGAUCUAUGCGACUGAAUGCCAUAUGAAACAAUACGCGUGCAAAAUCCAAAUGAAUAUAGAAGUUCAAAGUAUUGCGAUGUGCAGGAAAACAGUGACUGAGGCGCCUACGCAUAGGUGGACAAGCAACCCUGCUGCUCCAGUUGUCAAGUCCACUCGUCACCUGUCACCGCAAGAGCACGUGGAGGGCAGCUCAGUGUGGUGGCGGCACUCAGCCCUGCUAAAAGCUACCCCUUCCGUGGUGCUGGCGCGCUCGCUGCUCGGCGACUCCUGCUCUCGCAAUGCGGAUUGCUCUGUCAUGCACACUCGCUGCUUCAAAGGCACUUGUGUUUGCAGGGACGGACUUGUUGAGGCGCCGGACCACCAGGGCUGCUUAGCAAACAACUCUCGGAGGAGAAAGGGUUGUGCCUCUCAGCCGUGCAUGAAUGGUGGCACUUGUGUUGAUCUGGAUGAAGGAGUUUUCGAGUGUCUUUGUGGAAGUGACUGGACUGGAAUCCACUGCCAAGAAGCUGCUGCUAAGAAAGAUUAUGAGGUUGCUUCUUUUGACGGGCACUCGUUUGUCCAGUUGAAGAGACUUAAGGCGUACAACAAAAUCAGUAUUGAGAUGGAAUUCAAAACUUACACCAACGACACAAUUUUACUGUACAACCAACAAAAUGCUGAUGGUUCAGGCGACUUUAUAUCUCUUGCUGUGGUGAAUGGAUUUGUGGAGUUUAGGUAUAAUUUGGGAAGUGGUCCAGUCGUCAUAACUUCCCAUGAAAAGGUACAACUACGAAAAUUCCAUCACUUAGUGGCGAGAAGAUACCAGAGAGAUGGUGUUCUUCGUUUGGACAAUACCGUCGACGUGGCUGGCCAAUCACCUGGAAUUCUGAAAUCUUUGGAUCUCGUAGAGGACGCCUUUGUUGGAUCCGUUCCUACUGACGAAAAAAGGGUUUUUGAAAACAUUGGCACGCGUCAAGGCUUAAUGGGCUGCAUUCGAAUGCUGAAAAUCGGCCGCAAAGUUGUCGAGUUGCACGCCGGCAGAGAUCCCCUCGUCGAGCGCACCCUGGGGGUGAGGGAAUGCAGCACAGACAAUCCCUGCUCGACCCUGCCCUGCCUCAACGGUGGCACUUGCUUCUCCGACAACGCCGUCAGUUUCAAAUGCGCUUGUUUGCCAGGCUUCUCUGGAGACACUUGCGAACUGAACAUCAUGCCUUGCGCUUCGUCGCCUUGUGACGCUGGGGCUACCUGUCUCGAACUGGACAAUGGCUUUACUUGUCAGUGUCCGCCAGGAAAAACAGGAGUGCUUUGCAAGCAAGUUGUGGAUGACAAAGGUCUUGACGUUUUCACGCCCAACUUUGAGGGAGACUCAUAUUUAGCUUUACCAAAGCUGGAAAACGUUGCCCGUUCCUUCUCGCUGGAGGUUUGGUUCUUUACGAGAUCUCCUUCCGGCCUUCUGCUGUACAACGGCCAAAUGGACGGAGGCCGAGGCGACUUUGUUUCGAUCAACCUGGUCAACAGCCACGUCCAAUUCAAAUUCAACCUUGGAAGUGGCCACGCUAGCAUUACGUCUGAGCAAAGAGUCAGCUUGAACAAAUGGCACAAGGUACUGGUGACGCGAAUCGACAGGGAGGGAACCUUACAACUGGACGAUCAGAGCCCUGUCAAAGGUUUCUCAGGUCCACCCUUGAAUGAACUGAACCUUGAGCAGCCCCUCUAUAUCGGUGGUGUACCUUCAGCUGAUGACGUGCACAAAAGUUCUGGCGUCACGGCCGGAUUAGACGGGGCAAUUCAACUCGUGGCAGUGAACGGUGGCGAGGUUGUCGAAAACUUUGCUAAGCACGCCGUGUCCAAGAAGCGGGUCACGCACUUCCAGGGGCCGCCAUGCUUAAAGUCCGCUUGUAAAAACGGAGGGGUGUGCGAGCCCAAAUUCAAUAAAUACAAGUGUAAAUGCGUCAAUGGAUUUACAGGGCUUCAUUGUGAAUUUAGAAAUGGAGAAGAAACACUAAAUAGGCCAGUCAAGUUCUCAGGGGAGACAUUCCUUCGGUUUCCUAAUAAGGGCCACAAAAUGCGCAAAGUUGAGAAAUCCAAUCGGUACGAGCUUAAAGUUCGAACGACAGACCCAGAUGGACUUCUGCUUUGGACUAGUGAAGGAAAACCCGUGUCAAACAGCUACCUCGCCAUUGCAUUAGCCGAUGGCUACCCUGAGCUCAGUUUUAAUCUUGGAAAACAAAAGAGCAUCCUCACAGUCCGCUCAAAGUCGUUUGUAUCUGAUGGAGAGUGGCACACAAUUCUUGUGCACAGGAGGAAACGCCUAGCGCACAUCAUGGUCGAUGGUUCCUCCCCAGACAAAGCGGUAGCUGAACAAGGCUCUAUACUAUUAAACAGCACUGGCUACCUUUGGAUAGGUGGAGCCUCGGGCUUGCCACCGGGUCUUCCAGCGCCGUACUACCUUGGUUUCAGGGGUUGCUUUGACAGUGUCACCGCAGAAAAGAGACCACUGGAUCUGAUCGGACACGUGGACGUAAAUUCACUGCAGUUCUGUGAUGCAAAUUGACAGUUAAAUUUUUUGACUGAGUGAUCCAAUUAAUCAGAGAAUAUGGACUGGUUUUGUAAAUAUUUUGUCUACUGUGAGACUUAAAUUAACAUUAUAAGAGCAAUGUAGUGACGAGUUUUGUGAAAUAAUUAAUUCUAGGUGCGUUGAGUGAGUGAUAUGGAAUAGGUUGUACUGCAAAUUCCUUUAUUUUUAGUUGAAAAAUAAUAUUGUUUGAUAUGUUUGUAAAUAUUUUUAAAGCACAAUGCUUUAUGAAGAAUGACAUGUUAUAAUUAUUGUAUCUUAAGAGUGUUCAAAUAAACACUAUUAAUAUUUGUAUUAAAUUAUUUAAAUUGUCCUGUUCACAUUAAAAUCAAUAUGGAUUGUAGUAUUCUGCGAAAAUAUAGUAAGUGCCAAAAAUUCAUAGCAAUCGAAUUGAUAUAAUUAUUGAUGACGCGCAGCAAGUUUUACUAUUUAGCUUUUAGCUCGAUAAGAACCAGAACAAAUCAAAAGUUAAGUGUCUUUUAGGUUUGCUGUGGCUGUAAUGUGAGGCCUCUCUCUUUGUCUUAAUGUGUCAAAUAAAGAAAUA